GGUAACCACUCAAUGCUCUCGAUCUACCCCUGAGGGUGACGCAUGCCGUGAGCUAAGGAAUCGCGUCGGCGUUCAUCACGUGAGAUAUGUAAGCUGGCGACGCCGAGCAGAUAAAAAGUAGGAAGGAAGAACAACUCUCUCACUCUCACCUUUAUUUAAAACAUCGACGCCUGAUCCGAUACCGCCUGUCCCUCAUCUUGUUCGUUCCUCCUGGGGUACGACAAAUAGUUGGCCCUGGUGUUGUUUCUCGGCAACUGUUGCGAGGGACAUGGCGGAGAACACGGAGCCUUUGUUGAAACGGAAGGUGUACUUCGACGGCUGCCCGGGUUGCAAGCAAGACAGACGGAAGGAGGCCAGCAGUGGAAUCCCCUACAAGGAGUUCUUUUAUGUGUGGAUCAUCACCCUCUGCACAGCAUUGCCCAUAUCAUCGUUGUUUCCUUUCAUAUAUUUCAUGAUAAGGGACUUGCAUGUCGCCAAAAGAGAAGAAGAUAUUGGGUUUUAUGCAGGUUUUGUUGGAGCUUCAUUUAUGUUUGGAAGAGCCUUAACUUCCUUAUUCUGGGGUGUAGUUGCCGAUCGAUAUGGAAGGAAACCUGUUAUACUUCUUGGCAUCUUCUCUGUGACCAUUUUUAACACUCUGUUUGGGCUGAGUACAAGUUACUGGAUGGCAAUCACAACAAGAUUACUUCUUGGAUCACUAAAUGGUCUGCUUGGCCCGAUAAAGGCUUAUUCUAUAGAAGUUUGUAGACAAGAACAUCAAGCUCUUGGGUUAUCACUAGUGACCACAGCAUGGGGCAUAGGUUUGAUAGUUGGGCCAGCACUUGGAGGCUUCUUUGCUCAGCCUGCAGAAAAAUAUCCCGAGAUAUUUUCCCAAGAUUCCUUAUUUGGAAGGUUUCCAUACUUCUUGCCUUGCCUUUGUAUAUCACUCUUUGCGGUCUGCGUUCUUAUAGGUUCUUUAUGGCUUCCAGAGACAUUGCAUAAGCACGAUUCAAAAAAAAAAGGAGAAACAACAAUUGAAGAUGUGGAGACUCCAUAUAGCUCUGAUUCAAAAGGUCAUACCGAUAAGGAUGAAGAAAGUGAUACACAACCAAAGGCAAACCUAUUCAAGAAUUGGCCAUUGAUGUCAUCUGUCAUUGUUUAUUGUAUAUUUUCCCUUCAUGACAUGGCUUACACUGAGAUAUUCUCUUUAUGGGCUGUUAGUGACAAAAGCUAUGGAGGAUUGAGCUUUUCAUCUCAAGAUGUUGGUGAGGUGCUUGCUAUUUCAGGUUUUGGUCUUCUUGUAUUCCAAAUUCUUCUUUAUCCUCGAAUUGAGAAACUCCUAGGACCCGUCAGCUCACUGCGUGUUGCUUCAGUUUUAGCUGUACCUUUGCUUGCUGCUUAUCCCUUUAUGUCGAAACUAUCAGGACUUCAACUCACUUUGAUAGUGAAUUGUGCAUCCUUGCUAAAGAAUGUUCUUUCAGUGAUGAUCGUAAUUGGAUUGUUCAUUUUGCAAAACAAUGCUGUGUCUCAAGAACAAAGAGGAGCUGCAAAUGGCAUAGCUAUGACUGCAAUGUCUUUUUUUAAAGCAAUCGCUCCAGCAGCUGGUGGUGCUAUAUUUUCCUGGGCACAAAAGCGCCAACAUGCUUCCUUCUUUCCAGGUGAUCAAAUGGUCUUCUUGAUCUUGAACGUGGUUGAGCUGAUGGGUCUUCUCUUCUCCUUCAAACCUUUUCUAAUUGAACCCAGCAAGUAGAAGAGUAUAUAUAUACGUGGAUCUGGAGCUGACUACGUUCCUUCAACCACGGAAUCCACAAUUUUGAUAUUCUUUCAUCCUCCUCUCUUAUGUGGAGUCAUCUCUCCACAGAGAGUGAUGUAAUAUGCUAUCUUGAUCAGUUCAUGUAUGCUAAAUGUACCGCAGUGAAAAUAGAUUCAAGUAUUUUGGAGAA